UUUCCGGCACGAAGCAUUCCAGGCCGGAACAGGCAAAGUUUGGUUGUUUUCGGGGGCAGGCAUUCAAAACAUUUUCCAGGUUCCGCACGUUUGGCAAUACGCCGCCACCCUGGGUAUCGAUAACUCGCCGGUGGCUGGCAACACUGGCAACCGGCUGCCCGUCCGUCAAAUUAGUUUUUUUUUUUUCUUUUUUUUAGUACUCCCCCCAGUGUUUUUGUUGCGUUUUGUUACGCCAAUAAACGCCGAGAAUAGAUAAGCGGACGAAUUUCUAAUAACCCGCUGGUGAAAUCCGUACAGCGAGGAACCACAGUCACCUUAGGCCAGCCAGCCGCCGCGUACGUUUAUUGCACCCCCUAACAUACACCUCAUUAGUUGGCCUUAAUCUCGAGUGCCGGAGACCCGGGGCGAAGAUUAGAUUCGUGGAGAUCUCGACGCACUACCAUUCGACAUGAACUCCAUUCUAAUAACGGGCUGUAAUCGUGGCCUGGGCUUGGGUCUGGUGAAGACCCUUGUUGGACUGCCGCAGCCACCGCAGCAUCUCUUCACGACCUGCCGGAACCGGGAGCAGGCCCAAGAGCUGGAAGAACUGGCCAAGAAGCACUCCAAUAUCCAUAUCCUGGAGAUUGAUCUGAGGAACUUUGAUGCCUAUGAUAAGCUCGUUUCUGACAUUGAUUGCGUGACGAAGGAUAAGGGUCUGAAUGUACUCUUUAACAACGCUGGCGUGGCGCCCAAGUCCACGCGGAUUACCGCCACCCGAUCCCAGGAUCUGCUGGACACUCUGCAAACCAACACCGUGGUGCCCAUCAUGCUGGCCAAGGCCUGUCUGCCGCUGCUGAAGAAGGCUGCCAAGGUGAACGAGUCCCAGCCGAUGGGAGUGAACCGUGCCGCCAUCGUCAACAUGACCUCUAUCCUGGGAUCCAUCCAGGCGAAUACGGAUGGUGGAAUGUAUGCGUAUCGCACGUCCAAGUCGGCUCUAAAUGCGGCCACCAAGUCCCUCAGCAUCGAUCUGUUUCCCCAACGCAUCAUGUGCGUCAGCCUGCACCCUGGAUGGGUGCGCACGGACAUGGGCGGAAGUAAUGCACCACUGGAUGUGGACACCAGUACCGGCCGGAUUGUGCAAACGCUCUGCGAGCUGGGAGAGCCACAGAACGGCACCUUCAUCAACUACGAUGGCUCCCCACUGCCCUGGUGAUUUAUGACUAAACCCCCAGCACCUUUUGCAUUUUAUGUUCUUGUUAAUCGUUGUUGAAUAAAGUUGGUGCUGCACCACUAGAGUGCCUUGAAUAGAACGAAA